AUGCUCCGCGGCGAGCUCGGUGAGCGCCUCAACGCCGCGCAGAAGGUCGGGCGCGUCUGGUCGCUGUGGCUGGCCUCCCCGGUAUGCGCGUGCUCCAUGGCGAGCCGCGGGGACGUCAAAGUCUCGGUCGAGGCGUUCUUCGGCGCCGAGUACCCGGAGCUCUCCUUCGAGACUGAAGUCGGCUCCCUCUCGCUGCUCCGGCAGCUGCCCGGCCUCCUGCGCCGUGCGGCGGAGGAGUUCCCCGGCCGCGCCAUCGACUACGGCGACAGCUACACCGUCAUCGUCGACAAGAGCCACGCCUGCGUCCGGGAGACGUUCGGGAAGCACGCGCGCGUCGUCGACGGCCGCCGCCUCGAGACGCUCGAGGACAGCCGCGAGGAGCUCAAGGCGCUGAAGAAGGCCGGCAAGGAGGAGGAGCACGCGGCGAAGCGCGCCGACGACAAGCGGGCGAAGCGCAAGACGUCCGGCGGCACCGGCGGCACGGGCCAGGGCAUCAAGCGACCGGCGAUCCUCAAGGAGGCGCUCACCGAGAUCCGCGCGCUGGCGCCGGUGAUCUCCUUCAAGAUCCUGCCCCUCAUCAUCGUGCUCGUGACCUACGCCAUGACUAGAGAGACAGAGAGAUUUCUACCUUCAUCUUCAGUGAGCUGCAUCUUGAUGUUGCAGUGCACCUUACCCCACUGCGCUCCUACUGCGUAUCCUGCUAGUUUUCCCUUCCCUUCCUUAAUUCAUUCUAAUCCAGUUUCAAGUCUUAUAGACAGCGAUUCGGAACUGAAGGAGUGA